AUGCCACACCAUCUACAAUGGGCGCUGCUUGCCUCCCUGUUGGGAGGAGCAUCAGCUGCUGGACUAUACACUAAAAGCUCACCUGUGCUUCAGGUGGAUGCAAAGAACUUCGACUCACUAAUCAACAAGUCAAACCACACAUCAAUUGUAGAAUUCUACGCACCAUGGUGCGGUCACUGCCAAAACCUUAAACCCGCCUACGAAAAAGCCGCCAAAAACCUCGAAGGUCUAGCCAAAGUCGCGGCCAUCAACUGUGACGAUGACGAAAACAAACCGCUUUGCGGACAAAUGGGAGUUCAGGGCUUCCCAACCUUGAAGAUUGUGGUGCCUGGUAAGAAGCCCGGCAAGCCGCGUGUGGAAGACUACCAGGGCCAGAGAGCCGCAAAGGCUAUUGUCGAUGCGGUUGUUGAGAGGAUUCCGAACUAUGUCAAGAAACUCACAAACAAGGAUUAUGAGAGUUGGAUAGCGGCCGAUGAGUCUCCAAAGGCCUUGCUUUUUACUGAGAAGGGUACUACUAGUGCGCUCCUGCGUUCUUUGGCUAUUGAUUUCCUUGGAGGUAUCAACUUUGCGCAAAUCAGAAGUAAAGAAUCCAAGGCGGUUGAGCAAUUCGGCAUCACUUCGUUUCCAACCCUUAUUCUCCUACCAGCCGGAGGCUCGGAGCCAGUGGUAUACGAAGGCGAGAUGAAGAAAGCGCUCAUGCUCGAAUUCCUCAGCCAAGCUGCACAGCCCAAUCCCGACCCAGCUCCGGCCGUUCCGAAAAAGAAGUCGAGCUCGCCGAAGAAGCCUGCCUCAUCGUCAAGCUCGACCGUUGUAGACAGCGACAUACCCACAGACUUGCCAAGCCCAAAGGUAGAAAUACCACCAGAAGAAAAGCCAGUCAAGGUCCCAGUCAAGGUUCCCGAAGUCGCCCAACUCGCUACCCCUGAAGACCUAGAAGCAAAAUGCCUAAACUCGAAAUCAGGCUCCUGCAUUUUAACCCUUCUAGCAGAGACAGAGUCUCCAGAUACUGAGCUCCCUGCAUCUGCAAAAGAGGCUUUGUCCACCGUCUCAGAACUCUCACACAAAUUGACUGGCCAUCAUCUUCCCUUUUACAGUGUACCAGCAAUCAACUCGCACGCAAAGAUCCUACGAACUGAGUUAGGACUUUCCGAGACCAGCACUACGGAAAUCAUCGCGGUCAAUGGUCGACGAGGCUGGUGGCGUCAUUAUUCUUCUGAAGAUGGAUUCGGUCUCCACAGCGUCGAGAGUUGGAUUGAUUCGAUUAGACUCGGUGAAGGGUCGAAGAAUAAGUUGCCCGAAGGCGUGAUCAAGGCAGAAGAAGAAAAGGUCGAAGAAAAGGCAGAAGAGCCAGAAAAGGAGAAGGUAGAAAAGGAAGUGCCACAUGAUGAGCUUUAA